AUAGGGUGCAGGUCCUUCAACCUUAGCUUCCGAUUAAAGCACUACCCAGCAGAUCCAUUGAAAGAAGUCAAACAGGAUUUUACCAGAUACCUAAUCUAUCUGCAAAUACGUCGUGAUCUUGCCCAGGGUCGUCUAUUAUGCCCUCCGGAGAUGGUGGCUCAAAUCGGCGCUUUAGUGGCACAAGCUGAACUGGGAGACGCCCCGGCUGAGGAUGAGUUGGAAUUAUCCAAAGCGUCAAAUACACAGGGAUCCCAAACAAACAUGAACUCGGAGAAUGAUACUUACAAUAAUGUCAAUGGGUCAGGAAAUCACCCACAAAGCGGUACACCGGAGCCCACUACUGCCAUCGAAUAUUUGAGGAAUUUCAAAAUAUUCAACACGCAAACACCGAAGACCAUCAUGGAAAUAGUGAAGCAACACCAAAAACUACGAGGUCUCACUGUUCAGGAAGCGGAAUCGGAACUUCUUUCACGAACUUCACAACUUCCAACAUACGGUAUUGACCCGUUUCCUGUUGUCGUAAGUUUUCUAUUGUCUAUUAUUUGUUGCUUUGCGUUAUGAUCCUAGUAAGCUUAAUCUUAUACAGUGG